UCCCCCGGGCCCGGAGGGUGUGUCUCCCUCACCGGGGCUCGCCGCGCCUAUAAGGGGCCGAGCGGCGGGCAGGGACAUGCAGCUCUACAGCAGCGUCUGCACCCACUACCCAGCUGGGGGACCGGGUCCCACGGCCGCAGCUCCUGCUCCGCCGCCGUCCGCCGCCCCUUUCAGGGUCUCUGUGCAGCCCCCGGGACCAGCUAGCGGCGCGCCGGAGCCCGAGACCGCGGAGAGGAGCCUCAGGGGCUGGGAGAGGGCCGGCGACCGCAGCGACCCUCCCAGCGCAGACGAGGCGCGGCGGCCCUGCCUGGAGGCCGAGGCACCCGAGGCCCGGAGCUGCGAGGCCGCCCAGAGCUGCUCCGCCGAGGCGGCGAACGUCUCCAGGUCGGAUACCAGAGACGAGAAAGUGGCCCUAUACCUGGCGGAGGUGGAGAGGCAGGACAAGUACCUUCGACAGAGGAAUAAGUACCGAUUUCACAUUAUUCCCGACGGCAACUGCCUCUACCGAGCGGUCAGCAAGACGGUGUACGGGGACCAGAGCCUUCAUCAGGAUCUGAGGGAACAGACGGUGCACUACAUCGCCGAUCAUCUCGACCACUUUAGCCCCCUGAUUGAGGGUGACGUGGGGGAGUUUAUCAUCGCUGCUGCUCAGGACGGGGCAUGGGCCGGGUACCCGGAGUUGCUUGCUAUGGGGCAAAUGCUGAAUGUGAAUAUACACUUAACUACUGGAGGGAGGUUGGAGAGCCCUACGGUGUCUACUAUGAUUCACUACUUGGGUCCAGAGGAUUCUCUAAGGCCUAGUAUUUGGCUCAGUUGGCUCAGUAAUGGACAUUAUGAUGCAGUGUUUGAUCACUCCUAUCCUAACCCAGAGUAUGACAAUUGGUGCAAACAGACUCAAGUGCAAAGAAAACGCGAUGAAGAACUUGCCAAAUCCAUGGCCAUAUCCCUCUCCAAAAUGUAUAUUGAACAAAAUGCAUGCUCUUGAAGUGUCUGAAAACCUACACCCUGGGAAAGUGCAUACAUAAUUUGUGUUUGGAGAAUUAUAUGAACUCUAAUCAGGGUAAUAGCACUUUUAAACUUAAUAGUAGAUUACCGUAGGUGUAAUGCCUUAACUUUUUUUAAUUUCGAAUGUUUUCUCCUCAGAGCUGAAGGUUGCUGGGCACCUAAAUGAUGUUUCAUGAUAGCUUUGUAUGAUCCUACUGCUAUUUAUAAUUUGCUUUAUAAAGUCAGCACUACUUAAUUUGCAAUCUAAUUUCUCACAGUGUAUAUUUGUUCAUUCCUGGUAAUCUAUUUUCUAUAAAAAUGUAUUUUUGCACAGCAUUUAAAAAAAUUGGUGUAACUUCAUCUAUGACGUAUUCCAUUUUGACAGCUUUCCAGCAUAAACUCAGAGAAGUGCUUUAUAUGAAGCUUAUUUGAACCGAGUUUGUGAUUUAUUUUAUGUUGAAUUUGAAUUUUAUAAUCCUUAGAUACUUUCAAAUGGAGAUUGAUACAUUCAUGUUAUCAGAUGAUUGGCCCAUUCCAUUUUGAUGAAACAGAGUUGUUUUAGAAAUCAUUAUUUUUCUAGAAAUGGCCAACCUUUUAAAGAGAAAUAAUACAUAAGGGAAGAUUUGGGGAAACAUUUUUUUUUUUUUUCUUUAAGGGAUAGUGCCAGCUCUUACUUGAAUGAAAGUCUGAUAUUUGCUGAUGGCAGAGUGAUUAUUCUGUGUUCUGGUUGAUGUUUAGAGUAGAUUGGUGCUCUCAAUUGUUUUUAUUUAUAUUUGUCAUUUUAUUAUAAAAGAAUUUUAACGUGGUGUAAAACGUGAUAAGGUAAGCCUCCUGCUUUAUAUAGCUUCUUGGAUUAAACAGAUUUGAAGAUGAAUAGGAUGGAUGCCUCGAAUCAACCUUUGCAGUUAUUUUAUAGCAGGAGAGUAUUGUCUUCAUGUUCUAAUCCUUUUAAAUUCUUUCAAAAGGAAAAAUAGGAUUGCCCUGUAUUAUGUACAAAUAAAAAUGUCUGUAAACAGAGCUUGUAUGGUUUGCUGGGUCAAUGUUCCCAACCUAAAAUCUAUCUCAUUUCCACUUUAACUACUUUUAGUCAUAUUUAUUAAGUAAUGCAGUUUGUACUUUUUUAUUUUGUAACAUUUUGUGAUUUUUUGUACAAUACUGUGUACAAUAGAGUAAUUAUCAGCUGGUGGAAUGAAUGAAUAAAAUGCAUAGUUUUACUUA